UCUAGGUACGUUCCAUCACUCUUUUGUCUUUUAGUCAAUAAAGAUGAAAAAGCGUUCCGCAAAGUGGUACGCCCUAGAGAAGAGGAGGAAGAAGAGGAAGAUGAUAUUAUGGAUGCUGGAGCCAUAGAUGAUCCUGAUGAUGAUAGUGACUAUAGUCCAGGAGAGGAUGCUACUCACAAUCACCAGAAUGAAUCCACGAUGGGUGCUUUGGCAAAAGAAAGGCCGCGCAGACGGCCGGGGCGUCCACGCAAGAUUCCUCGCAUGCAAGCUCCUGUAUUGGACGCUGGUCCUCCACAAUUGUCUACAGUGAAUGAACCAGUGGAAAUUAAUGUCAUCCUCUCUGACUUUGAAAACAAGGAUCCUGCCUCUUGCACUCCCCAAGAGGAGCAGAAACCAACCUGUCGGCCACGCGGUCGUCCCCCAAAACACUUCAGAGGUCGAAAGUAUCAUCGAUAUAGAAGCCGAAGGUAUUAUAAACAGCCGAACAAGCCUCUGCUCAGACCUUUCAUCUGCCGCGUUUGUGGCUCCAGGUUCCUCACGCAAGAAGAUUAUUCCUUCCAUGUAAACGCCCAUGACAGCAAUGAUCCUCAAAUGUUUAGGUGCCAGCAGUGUAAUUAUCAGUGCCGGAGAUGGUCUUCUCUGAAGGAGCACAUGUUCAACCACCAGGGAAACAAACCGCACAAGUGUGAUCAGUGUAACUACACAAGUGUGUACAAGAAAGAUGUGAUCAGACACUCCGCUGUGCACCAGCACGAACGAAAAAAGAAAUGUUUAAUGAUUUCCAAAACCACCACCUACCCCUGCCCUGUGUGCAACCGUGUAUACAUCAUGCAGAAGCGGUUGACGCAGCACAUGAAGACACACAGCACUGAGAAACCACACAUGUGCGACAAAUGUGGUAAAGCCUUUAAAAAGCGAUACACAUUUAAGAAUCACCUGUUGACUCAUCUGCACUGUGUGGAAGAAAACAGGUAUAAAUGUGAGUUUUGUGAUUACAUGUGUGAAGACCGAAAGCAGCUCCUGAAUCACCAGCUCACUCAUAUGAAUGACAAGCCCUUUAAAUGCAAUCAGUGCACAUACCAUACUUUCCGGCAGGACUUCCUGCUCACUCACCAGGCAACCAAACAUGCAGCCGGAAAGCCUUUUGCCUGUGAGUAUUGCCACUUCACCACAAAGCACAAGAAGAACCUGCGUCUGCACGUUAAAUGUCGACAUACACUACUGUACCAAGAGUGGCUGCAGCGGCACCCAGAAGAAGCGCCGUGCCGACGGCGGCCCUUUUUUUCUCCUCAACAGAUUGAACAGCUCAAACAGCAGCAUGAGCAACCAGCAGCCCAUGCAGCCCAUACAGAUGAAGCAGAAGUCAAUAAACUGCAGAAUCCUCCCAGAGAGCUUACCUAUCAUAUGCUUCACCAACCCACCCAAGAAGGAGGGCAGACGCAGAACACACUAGAAGGUGCCACUAUCAUAUAUGAGCAAGGCGGAGAAGGUGAUGAACUUGCAACUCAGGCAGCUCUAGAUCUGCUUCUGAACAUGAGCGCCCAAAGAGAUGGUCCAGGAGGAGCAUUACAAGUGGCUGUAGUAAAAUCUGCACCGUGCAUUGAUGGUCAAGAAUCUGAAACUUCAUCUCAGGAGCCACACAUGGCUCAGGUUCUUACUUUGCAUAUGGAUGAGAGACAAGUGACAGAAGUGCAAGAGGCUGCUUAUGAAGAGACUGGCAUGCCUGAGGCAGGCUACGAGGGUACAGUACAGCAGAUCACCAUCAAUACAGCCUUCACCACUGCAGAAUACAGCCUUAUAAAUGCAGACAACAUGCAGGCCCCAUUGUGCAGUGAAAAUGAUGUGCCUCCUAGAUCUCCUCAUACACUGUUGGCAGAGAGUGGGAAAGACAAGAACACUGUACAGAUGCUAAACAAGGCACAACAUCCACAAGUUGCCUCCAGUCAGCCGAUGCCUACCACAAAAAAAUUUUCCUGUAAAAUUUGUAAUUCAUCCUUGGGUCGUGCAGAAAUGGAGAGCCACAAAAGAGCUCACGUUGAAGGCGGCAAUGGAUUUAAAUGUCCAGACUGUGGGAAUUUCUUUUCUGAAACAUGGGCUGACGUCAGGGAUCACAUGACACUUCACUCUGAUCUCCGGCCUCACCGCUGCAAUCAAUGCAGUUUUGCCUCCAGGAAUAAGAAAGAUCUAAGCAGACAUGCAAUGACACACACCAACCACAGGCCGCACUCAUGUCACUUGUGUGGACAGAGAUUUAAUCGGAAAGGUCACCUAAAAUUCCACAUCGAAAGGCUUCACACUGGAGCAACCAUAGAGCAGUCCCAGCGAACAGAACUCACAUCUGUCCCAGGCCUGGAUGAGGAGCACAUAUUCCUGGCUCAGGAGGAAACUGUGAGCAACCAGGAGGAUACAGCUUACAUUCAAGAAAUUACAACUGCAGAUGGACAGACCCUACAGCAACUGGUAACAGCGGAUAAUCAGGUACAAUACAUCAUUUCUCAAGAUGGAGUCCCGCACUUGAUUCCCCAGGAAUAUGUUGUGCUCCCUGAAGGUCACCAUAUUCAGGUUCAGGACGGGCAAAUUACUCACAUUCAGUAUGAACCAGGAGGACCGUUCAUUCAAGACCCCCAGAUCCACUUUGUGCCCAUGUCACCCACACAACAACUUCUGACUCAGGAACAACUUGAAGCUGCAGCCCACUCUGCUGUCACAGCCGUGGCAGAUGCAGCAAUGGCCCAGACGGUGUACACUUCAGAAACCGAGCCGGCCCUACAGCAGGAGAUUCAGUACGACGUGAUCACCCUGGCAGAAUAGCGGCUCUGUGAUUUAUGUUGUUCGGUGAUGUCAUCAGCCCGCACACUUAUUUAUAUUGUAGACCAUAUCAGACCCUGUGAAGUUGAUGAAUGAGCCCAUUGUCCAUGCCGUACUGAACAUGGAUCUUACAAAAUAGUGCUUUGACAUUCGGUGUCAUUCAUUCCUCGGCUUCCCUGAGCGUGCCAGCAGUUGUUAGCUUUGCUCUGUGCGUGUUCAGCACAGCCCUUGACAGUUGCUGAGGAAACGUCUUGCGCGGCCUCCGCUGCCCUGGGCUCGUUCAUCGCUAAGAUUUUCAGCAAAAGCAUUUGUUUUCUUCAACACGAACACAGAUCUGGUAAUGAGCAAUCAUCUGGGCUGAUCGAAAUACAUUUACACUACUCUUUCACCUCAUCUGGUGCAGAGACUGGUGUCUGAUCUGUGAUUUUACUCCCUCUUCUCUUAUCAGAUUAAAGGGAUUAGGGCAGAUUUCGGUACUUAAUCCCCCGAGUACAAGGAUAAUCGUGAAAUCGGGUAAUCCUCUUCCUCCCGUUUUCCUCUUCAAUAAACACUUGUCCACGGCAUCUGGCUACACAUUAGCCAUUGAAGCUGACCUCCAGCCAUUGCAGAUAACAAAACCCAGUUUGCGAGCAGCCCCUUAUGUUUUCUCUCACACGUGGCCUUUGUGGCGGGAGGGGUGCGAGGAGACAUUCUCUCCCGACGCCCUGCGCUGCAGCGUCUCUAUUGAUUUGUCAAGUGGCACUGUCCUCUAUUUGGGAAAGGUGUGCCAAAUGAGAAUCUUCUUUCUGCACCUGAUCCCUAAUGGAAGUCAGCAGAGUUCUGUCAGAAGCAUCCUUCGCCCUUCAUCAGAGUCUGGACUACUUCUCCAAAAGCGGCCGCGCUCAGCCAGUCAGGAGGGAGCCCUUUCUUACUCUGUUGACUGUAAGCCAAGUGGUUUAUGAACUACAAUGAAUAGAAAUGCUGAAACGUCCAGGAUUGUGCAAAGCUUUUGACCUGCACAGAUUUGUUUUUCCGCUGGAAUACAAGGACCUGGAUAUUUG